GUUCAACAAACCACCCGGUUUUUUCCACGCUCUACAGAUUGUUGUCACCAAAUAUUAAUUACAAAUUAACAUCUGGAGUUGUGAAUGCAGUUAAUUCUGAUUUCAGAUUUAAUUGUGAAGAGUUUUAAGUAAAUCCCUGCUGUAAAUCUAUAAACGCAAGCGGAAAGUGGAGUUCUUUCACGGUUGGUCAAACAAAACAUGGUCAAAGCUGCAACUUCUUUCAAUAUGGAAUCCAUUGAAAAACGAACCAAUGAAGCAGAACAAGAAGCUGAAAAAAUUUCGCAAUCUGUGAACCAAUUGGUGCAAGCGGAGGUUGAUAAACUUCAGAAGGAAAAUGAUAAGCUCAAAUAUCGCGUGAAAAUGCUCAAACGAGCUUUCGAAGACGAGGACAAGAAGAUUGUCACCCAUAUGCGUGACAUUGUGCAAAUUUUGCGCUUAUACUGUACUUUUGCUGUUAAUAAGGCUUAUCCUGAAGCUCCUCCAGUUCCUGUUCAAGUGACACAAGCUACCAACGUAAAAUUCGGAGAUUAUCAAUGCAACGUUGCUCCACGAUUGGCUGGGAUUUUAAAGUCUAGUCCACGAGAAGUCGGAAUGGAAAUCUUGAAAAACUUCCCUGAAAAUCCUGACUUGAUUGAAAAAAUUGAGGUAGCUGGGCCCGGGUUCAUCAACAUUUUCUUGACCAACAAGUUUCUAGUUGACGAAACUAUCAACAUAUUUGUGAACGACGUAAAGUUAGCUCCACUUGUAGCCAAGAAAAAAGUCGUGAUAGAUAUGUCUGCUCCAAAUGUUGCGAAAGAAAUGCACGUCGGACAUCUUAGGUCUACCAUAAUUGGAGAAAGUAUUUCUCGGCUAAUGACGUUUUUGGGAUAUGAAGUUGUUCGUGUAAAUCAUAUCGGAGAUUGGGGAACACAAUUUGGAAUGCUAAUUGCUCACCUUAAGGACAAGUUUCCUGAUUAUUUAUCUGAGGGAUAUAAUUUUCCUGUUAGUGAUUUACAAGGAUUUUACAAGGAAUCCAAGAAACGUUUUGAUGAGGACGAGGACUUUAAAAAACGGGCAUAUGGAUGUGUUGUGGAAUUGCAAGGUCACAAGCCUGAAAUCUUGAAAGCUUGGAAUAUGAUUUGUGACGUGUCACGGAAAGAAUUUUCCAAAAUUUAUGAACGAUUUGAUAUUAAAAAUCUCACUGAGAAAGGAGAAUCGUUCUAUCAAUCAAGAAUGGAAAUUUUGGUCAAAGAAUUUGAAGCUCAAGGAUUACUUAUUGAUGAUUGUCCAGAAGGGGAUGGUGCACUGACGGGUGUACGAAAAAUUAUGUUUGGGGACAAGACUAAAGUCCCACUAAUAAUUGUGAAAUCUGACGGUGGAUUUACCUAUGACACGUCCGAUAUGGCCACAAUCAAGUAUCGUGUGCAAGAAGAACAAGGAGACUGGUUGAUUUAUGUAGUCGAUGCUGGACAGUCUAAUCACUUUCAGACAAUUUUCGACUGCGCAGAAAAAGUUGGGAUCUUGGACCCAUCAAAAGUUCGCGUGGAUCAUGUCGAAUUUGGCGUUGUACUCGGGGAAGACAAAAAAAAGUUUAAAACUCGAUCAGGAGACACGGUGAGAUUGGCCGAUUUGUUGGACGAAGGUAUUAAACGGGCUGAAGAAAAGUUAAGGGAAAAGGGUAGAGACAAAGAAAUGACACCAGAGGAAUUCGAUGAAGCCAAAGCUGCUGUGGCAUACAGUUCUAUUAAGUACGCUGACUUGUCACGUAAUAGGAACCAUGAAUACGUCUUUUCUUAUGACAGGAUGUUGGAUGAUAAAGGAAAUACCGCAGUCUACCUCUUGUAUGCAUUCACUCGUAUCUCGUCUAUUGCUCGUAGAGCUGGUGUCACACUAGAACAAUUAAAGGAAUAUGCUAAAACCAAACCCAUCCAGCUUUCUCAUGAAAAGGAGAUAAAGUUGAUGAAAACGCUGUUACAAUUUCCCGAGAUAAUUGAAACUUCAACCAAUAAUCUUUUCAUUCAUCCAAUUUGUGAACUCCUCUACGACAUUGCUACAUCAUUUUCCGAGUUCUAUGAUACCUGUUAUUGCAUUGAAAAGGACAAAGCAGGAAAUACUACAAAAAUCCACAUGGAGCGCCUUAUUCUGUGCGAAGCUACAGCCAACAUCUUAAAAGCCGGAUUUAAUAUUGUUGGGUUGAAAUAUGUAGGAAAGAUGUAAUACUA